AUGAAUGCUGCGAAUGUUAGGGGCAACCACGUGGGAAGCAGCGCGGACGACAACACGGAGGAAAGUGGUGAUGAGGACGAUGAUGAUUAUGAUGAUGGUGGCACCUCAAAUGCCAGUGAUGUGCGGACGAAGCAACACAAUGAGGAACAACACGAAAAAGGCGAAAAUAAAAACACACAACUGGAUAAGAGCAGUAACAUGAACUUGUUCUAUUCUGGGAAAAUUCCCUAUUAA